UGGUCAACCCUAUCGAAUUCUAACGAUUUCGAAUCAUUGGAAACGAUAAAAAGAUCAGUUUUAUUCCACGCAUUCAAUUGAAUUGCAAAUUAAAAUCAUGGGAGUUCCUGGUUUUCAGAAGCUUCAACGCGAAGAAGAAGUCGGUGGCAACGAGAAACUGCACAUUAUUCAGCAGAUAUGCGAUUGGAAAAUCGAUCAUCCAGAACAACAGCCCAUUGUUGUUUGUCGUUUGAAAGAAGUUUUGAUGUCGGUGGUUCAAUUGAAUGUAAAGGCUGCAUUUUUCGGUGGAAGUCAUCGUUUCUACCAUCAACAAUUGGACAAAUUUUUUCAACCGAUGCGAGAUUUGAAUGUGAAAUUGGUAUUUUUUGGAGGCGGAACAAAGACCGACGAGAAGCUGGAAAAAAUGCUUCCAAAAUUCGAUCACAACUACAUGAAGUACAACUCACUGAUGUAUUGCUACGAUAGACACAAAGUAAUGAAAACAUGCGCUCGACCGGAACUUCGAACAUGCCUGGGACUGUAUGAGGAAGGCAUCGCACGAAAAUACGGAGAAUUUGUUCUGGUCACCGGGUCACUAAACAAAACCAUGGUCGAGUAUUGUCGAGAAAACGAAAAUGUUGUGGCCGUCCUGGCAAAGGAUUCGGAUUUUACGAUUUACGACCUUAAGCACGUUGAAUAUUGGGGAUGUGGCAUUGAAGAGUUGAAUUUCAAAGAUAUGACCACCGUUUCGUUCCAUCGUGCUGCAUUGCUUGCUCAUUUGAAACUGACACCACACCAAUUCCAUGUCUUGGUGGCUAUUGUUAGUGUAAUUCUAGACGAUGUGCAGACGAAUUGGUUGUGGCUUAAGAAGGGAGUGCUUCCCGUGAAAAGUCUGGGAAGCGUUAAUAUCAUACGAGGCGUCACCGCUUGUGUACGAAAAAAUGUACCAAAAGUCGAGGAGAAACCAAGAUUUGGUGAUUGGACAAAGAUGAUAUUUCAUUCUCAUCACGAACGGUAUUGCUGGAUGAUUGAAAAGCAGUUUAAGAAAUACGAUCUUUCCGCAAUCAAACCGGCUGCUGAAGACGACAAAAACGCCACAAACAUCUUGAAAAAAUACAAAAGCAUUUGGUCGAUCGUUAAUGACGAUGUGACGCGCAUCGAUUACAUUUUCCAGGAUCUAGAGCGAUGGAACGAUGAUCGAAAUGCAAUGUCACUUCAGAAUUUAUUUGUCAUGGUGUUCAAGAGAGCGAUGGGAAUCGUAUUACAUUCUAAACGUGAUGAUGAAACACUGAAGAGACGGUUUCUGAUGAAGGGACAUAAUAAUGAACGCUUCAAAGUCUUACCGAAGACGCUGAUUUUUUCGUCACUUGAUGUUCCACCGAUCGAAAAGUUAAUUGACGAGCAACCAGACGCUGAUGAAGAAUUUAUUACCAUGAAGUGGACCUUGCUAUUCUGGAUCCUACAUUUGGAUUUCGACGAUGAUGUCAAACAUAAAAUUCGUAAUCUCCCAAAAGAAAUUACUCCCGUCGUCUUAACCGUACUGUUCUUGCUCUGGGAGCGACAAAUUACACCACUGGAAGGGGACACCAUUAUCAUUUCAGAAAAUACCAUCUUAAAGGAACCAACGGAUGCUGACUGCGUUAUGUAUGAGAUGCCAUCAAAAGUGGAUGGUCGAACAUUACGCGUUGCACAUGUGUAUGUGUUCGCCAGAACAGUCAUCAAUCGAUGCUUCCAGAUUUGCGGAAUCGAUCUAUUCAAUGUUCCAGUCUCAUUUGACGGCAUCCACUUCCAUAAUUUGAUCAACGAAUUCGUCGAGGAUACUGCUGCGUUUGAAAAUAAGAAAGCUGAAAUUAAGGGUUUUCAGGUCGGAGAGUUUUAAGGAUUAAUUUUCGUUCGGUCAGAAAAUAAGAGGAAAAUCAUUUUGAAGAAUUGAAAUAUCGAGUUGCGAUUAUCGAAUAAUGAGCGGCGCAUCAACCGAUUGUGAAAUAAUUUUUUUUUUUCUUUGCAUCAUCA